UCUUCUCGCUGUCAAUUUCAUCCGGAUAGGGCGCAAGAUUAGCAGAUCUCGGGGCGCCUGUCGCGAGCGCGCGUCUAGUAGCCCACAAUCGCGAGUGCAGUGUUCAGGAAUCGCCAACAGAACCAUAAUCUACUAAAAUUAUGAGUUAAGAGAUAUGCCGCAUACAUUAAUCGUAUUUAAUGUUACACAAAGUGUUAUAGAUAAAGUUUAAAGUGUCAAAGAAUAAGGAUUUAGAAAUAAAAAUGUUAAAGAACCGUGGUCGCGACCCGCGCUCGGCGGUGCCCAGCACGCCCACGAUGCUCCGCUCCACACUGCACCGAGCGCCCAUGGCGAAGCCAGAGCCGGACUACGAGGUGGUGGAGUUCCCCUCGGAACAAUACGUCAAUGCGAAGCUUCAGCCACCGCCGCCGCCUCCGCCGCGACCGCCUACAGGUCACCCAAUUGACGCAGAAGCUUCUUGCGGCCUGUGCGGCGGCGGCGGCGCGCGCGUGCGCUGCACCGAGUGCGGGCGGCGCGCGCUGUGCGCCUCCUGUGACGACAUGUACCACCGACACCCCAAGCGACGGAACCAUCAGCGACAGGCAUUAUCACACGCGCAGCUUCGCGAUGAACGUCCACCGCUGCCACCGAAGGCUGCACCUCCUGUUCCACCGCCGCGCAGACAUAAGAUAGGCGGCGAUAGGCUGAAUGCGAGCCCUCUUCCUCCAGCUAUUGACCGACGCAGUGCUACUAUCAACCCAAUGAUGGGAAUACCCAAGCAAAGCACAAUAACUAAUACUAACCACUUUGUCUCCCAACGCCCGCAAAUGCAACACCAGCGGCCGAGCGUUCCAACUAUGACGUCACAAAUGGGUAGUAUGCCGUACUUGCCAAAUGCUGUGCAUCAUAUGAAUACACCUGUUGCAAGUCAUGACCAAUCCAACACUUUGGGACAUUUCUCGUCGUGGAAUCGACCACGUGGCUCUCUGCCGGGCUUUAAUGUGCCUCCGAAUGUAAGUUUUGAGGUGCAAACUCCACCUUUAGAGCAGUGGGAAGCGCAAGAGAACCUUUCUACCCAGAACUGGGGUCGACCCUUACGCCGGGGAACAUCGGUCAUGGAUCUGGGCGGUGGGCCGACGGGGUGCCCAGGCUGUGCGCACUGCGCUCCCAAUCCCUGGCGAUACGGCAGCUGCGCCAACUUGGACCACCCGUGGGUCGGGCAGAGUCCUUGGCCACAGACUUGUUGUGUUCCACAUCCGGCCCACAGUCCACAGAUGUUCCCACAUCCACACGCUCAUGUGCCACAAACUCCUCAACCUUAUCGAAGAGCAGUCGAAAGUAGAGCAGUGUCCCGAGCAGCCUCACGAGCGGGAUCUCGCGCCGUGUCUCCUGCUAUGAGUGUUAGAUCGCGAGCUUCCCGACGAUCGAGACAUCGAACACCGUCCCCACCACCUUUACCGUCAAGCGACGCCGAUUCCGAGAGUGAAAUUGAGAGUGAUACCAAAGAAAGUGAAAGACCAUCGAUGAACGCCAAAAAUGUAAAAGAUAUAGACGAAGACAGCUCUCUCGGUCCUGCCCCUCCGCCGCCCAACUCAUCUUGGCAAUGCGAGCACUGCACAUUUGUUAAUGAACCUGGAGUGAGGGUAUGUGCGGUUUGCUGUCGCACACCGACCAUCAAAGCUAAAAUAAUUUCAACCGACGCAGUAAACAAUGGUAUUACAAGGCUCAAAGUAACAGAAUCCACCAAAUCUUCUCCUUCACCUACUAGUAAUUUAAUAGAUGAUCGUCGGAAAAAGAAUGAUGAUAAAACUAAUAAAGGAGUGAGAUCUUCAAAAGAACGUAUUUCUACUGGGUGUGGACCAUCACCACCUCGUGAAGAAAAGCCCGUGCUUAAAUCUCCAAGUCGAUUGGCUACCCCUACAAGAGAACAAAGUAAUGAACGGUCUACACAAAUUCGAGUGCGUCACGAUAUAGCAGUCGGUCCGUCACCGCCCAAGGAACUUUCACGUAAACAGCAAGCAGUAUCCACAUCAACAAAUGCUGCAACGGUUCAAUCAAUUCAGGAUCGAGUCGAAUUACGGUCCCUUCCAAAAAGUGAAACACCUCUACGUGAGUCCUUACCUAAGCACAGCGUGUCGGUCGGCCCUUCACCACCUCGCGAUAGCCCAUUGCGAGUAGUCGCAUCCAUUCGAAAUGUGUCUCCAAAUUUUCAAAAAAAGUCCGUUGGAAACUCGCCACCUCGAGAAAUUGAUCGGCCUUCGUCCAGAUCAAGUCGAACCAAUACAGGAACUUCUCCACCACCACAAAGCAUUUCUACACAAACUUAUGAAGUACCAAAUAACUGGGACCGUGCACAAUCGGUAUCACGAACUUCGCGGCCACGACGUCGUCUGCGAGAUGAGAACCGACGGGAAAGAUCACACAGCAGACUCUCUCUGUCGAGCGAUACACGUGAGAGUGAGCGUAGUGUCCGCACAAGUGGUGGGAGAUGGGAAUGGCGAGAGCCUCGCGACAGUAGCCCCAGCGCCGAAUGGAGUGAGAGCGAACGACGAAGAGAUUCUUCCCGUCUGACGCGACGAGCUUCUCACCUCGACCUUCGUCGCAAUCGUGCCGUGCGCCGCUCCAGCAUGUACGGUUCAGAAGCCCCAUCACCAGAACUUUUACCUAAUAACCGAGCAAUAUCUCUCGAAGCUCUUGCUGGUGCGGGAUCGAGACGGGAGGCAGAAAGAGGUUUAGAACUGGCACGCUUGAUGAGCGACGCCGAGAGAUUGGGAUUCAGUGCUGCUGAAGUACACGCAGCGUUGGCACAAAAUCCAGUGGCACCUUUAGCAUGGUUGAGCGAACGAUGGCCUAGCCUUUGCGCAGGUGUCCGAGCGGCCGCAGCUAGGUUAGCGCCGGGUGUUAAUGUAAGCGAGCUCGAGGCGCGUGCGGCCUUGGCCCGACACAGAGGUGCAAUGUGGCCCGCUGUCAACGAGUGUGUCGAGAGAUCACGCAGGCAGGCAGAAGUAAUCAGUGUCGGCGAAGAGGGUAGACUGCGCGGUCAUGUUUGGGGUCCACCAACGGGAGCUGACGAUGACGCAGUACCUCCAGCUACUUCAUUGAGCCGCUCACACCGCACUCGCGCAAACGACAGUUCAGAUGAAUUCGAAGUAACUACAAACAAAUUUCAAGAUGAUGACUGGAUGUAUUUACCGUUAGAUAUACAAAACAAAAAUGAUUAUGAAUUUGAGCAUACUAUAAAAAAACAACACACAAAUGCAACUAAUAACGACAGCGAAGAUAUAGCAGAGAAAUUGAAAUCUCUUCUAAUCCAGGCAGGCAUACCACAGAUUGAUGAAAAAUUGCUUUUAAAGGGUUUGUUAGGCAACACUCUUUUACAAUCAGAGCAAAAUAAAGAGGCACAAAAUAAUAGACAGACUGAUAGUCACAAUUUAACUGAGUUCAUCCAGUCUGAGAAUGAUUUUAUUGAUGCAUAUAAUGCACUAACGAGAUUAAGCCCCCUACCAAAUUUAAAUGAAAAUAAUAAAAUAGACACAAAAACGAAAUCCAAACGAAAUACUAAAACUAAAGAUGUUUUGCCUGUUAGUAAUGUUAUUUCUUAUGAAUCAUCUACAACGGACGAUUUACAAAUCACUAAACAUAAAAAAAUGCCAGUUAAUAAACAACCUAUUCAAAAUGUUAUUAAUCAUGACAAUUUAACGAAAAAUGAGAUGGAUAAACUUAACAAUAAAGACGACACACAAAAUAAAAACACAGGAAGUUUUAAAAAAAACCAUGACAGUAAUUCAACUAAACAAGCACUAAAUAUUGAAUCUAGAGAAAAAUACGAACCUAAAAAUCUUAACGAUAUAGUUGAUAAUACACAAAGAUUAAUACAACAAAUGAAAAAAGAAAUCCAUUCAGAUAUUCAUUCUUUACAAGGAAAAAGUAGCACACAAAGUGAAGCAGGUGAUAGUUCCAAUGAGUCGCACUUAUCAUCUGAAAAAGAAUCCAGUUAUAGCAGUAGUGAAGAUGAAUCGGAAGAUCUGACAUCUGAUGAGAAACAAGUCACUUGUAGUGGUGAGGAAAUUGUACCUGAGCACAGUGACAAUCGAAUAUCUGUCAAUAGAACAAGUUCUGAAGACAAUGAGAAUUUUGAAGAAGCUAUGGAUCACGUAGAAAAUGAAAUAGAGGAUUUUCAAGAUUCAAAUAUACAAUUAUUAAAUUCUAUUGCAAAAAGUUUACAGCAAGAGCUUACUUUAACAGUUGAAAUAAAUGAACCUAAAGAACCGUCUAUAACUAAACGUAGCCAGGAUGUAAAUAACAAUUUAUUUGCAGCAGUUAAUAAUUUUGAUGAAAUAUAUGAACAACUUAGUAAGGAUAACCAAGAAUCUCCACGUCAAACACCAUCUAUAAAAAAAUAUUCAUCAUUGAACAUUAAUGUCGAGCAAGCCAAUAUUAUUGAUUUGCCUGAGGCAAAACGUGCUAAUACCUACGUAAAGGAAGAUAUAAGUACAUUAAUAUUUAGACCCAAUUCUCCAAUAAAAUUAUUGAUUACUGAAAAUCAACAUAAACUUCUUACUGCUAAUGUAGAAAACUUUGAAGAUUCUUUAGAAGAAGCUACAGUGGAAAAUACCAUAAGUAUUAAAUUAAAUAACGUUGUCGACCAACAACCAAUUGACUAUAACGAUAGUCCAGCUAUGAAUACAUUAGAACAAAAUGAGGCAGGCUUUAUUCAGGAAGUUUUAUCUAAAACUAUUGCUGCAGGUAACAUAAUAGAGGACAAUGCUUUAAAAGUCCACUCUGACGAUGAAACGACUGAUAAAGAAGAUGAACAAAACGAGGCACAAGGUGACAUUAUAUUAAAUCUUAACAACUUAACAAAUAGUAAUGAACAAGACAACGAUGACUCUAUUCCUACACUUACGAUUCAACAUAACCCUUCAAAUACGGAGGGCACUGAAAAAAUUAAGUUAAAAAAAAUAACUCCUCCGUCUAAUAUAAACAAAUCAAAUAUUCCGAAGCUUGUAAAAAAUAUACACAAUGGUAAACAAAAAAUAGAUAAAAAUGUUACAAAAGUAAUAGCAUCCAAAGUACCCGUUCGUAGAGCUAGUUUAAAACAAUAUCCUGCACCGAACCCACCAAAAACUCGUUUUGGACAAAUACAAAGUGGGUUUGUAAAGCAGUUGCAAACUAAACUUUUUAAUAGCAAAUCAACCAAAUCAACAAAAACUACGAUAGAGACGCCAGUCGUACAAAUUACUGACCCAAAAUUGAUAGAAGUCAAAGCUUCCACUUCAACGUUAACUAAAAAGAAGCAAGCACCACCUCCUCCCGUUCAAACAUCAAAUCAAUUAUCACCACCAAAACCACAUUUUGUAAAAGAAAAAAGUAAUAACUUUUUUCGUGAGACAUGUCGAACAGAAGAUGAAUGGACCGAAAGUGACGGAGAAGAUCUUAAUAUCCAAAUAUAUACAGAGAAUGAGUCUAAUACUUUGUUACCAUCACCACCACAGCCUAUAACGAUGCGCCAAGUUUCCGGACAGCUAAUCGAUUUAGCUCUAGUUCGAUUACCUGAAGGUUCUCCAGAGAGACAAGCUCGAAUGCUCCUGGCAGAAGGGGCCACAGAGAAUUGGGAACAGGCCCAGCUUGCGGUGAAACUAAUAUUACAAGGAACCGACACACCGUCUGCACUUUUAGCUGCUUUAGAAUGUGUUGAUCUUGAAUCAGCUCAAGCAUAUUUGCAACAAGACUGUGAGCUCUGUGCUUCUAAAUUUCCAGAACACGAGAUGGUUUCAAUGUUGCGCUGUACGCACAGAUGUUGUCGUGAAUGUGCUCGCCAUUAUUUCACGGUGCAGAUUUCGGAAAGAAGCAUCGUCGACUGUGUUUGCCCAUACUGUAAAGAGCCUGAAUUAGAAGAUCUGCCUGAAGAUGACUGGCUUGACUACUUUGCUCAUAUGGACAUUUUAUUAAAAACAUUACUGGAAACAGAAACUCAUGAACUCUUUCAAAGAAAGCUGCGUGAUAGGACUCUUGCGAGAGAUCCUAAUUUCCGUUGGUGCGUGGAAUGCUCUUCUGGAUUUUUCGUCCAUCCGAAACAUAAAAAAUUACGCUGCCCAGAAUGCAAAUCGGUUACCUGCGCCAGUUGUAGGAGACCCUGGAGCACAAAUCACGAGGACAUGACAUGCGAGCAGUAUGCGCUAUGGCUAGAGGACAACGACCAGGAGCGCUCCGUCGCAGCUGUGCAACAGCAUUUACGAGAGAAUGGCCUGGAUUGCCCCAGAUGCCACUUUAAAUAUUCUUUAUCCAGAGGAGGUUGCAUGCACUUCACAUGCUCGCAAUGCAAGUAUGAAUUCUGCUACGGAUGCGGGAAGCCAUUCAUGAUGGGCGCCCGCUGCGGGCUGAGCGAGUACUGCUCGAGACUGGGCUUGCACGCGCACCAUCCUCGCAACUGCUUGUUUUAUCUACGAGACAAGGAACCUCAUGAAUUGCAGACACUACUGCAGAUGAACAAUGUAACGUAUGAAACGGAAGCAGCCGAAGGUUCCACUGGUCGUUGCCCAAUCCAGCUGCAACGCGAAACUCCUGCUGGCCUUUUAGACACCGUCUGUGGUAGCGAAGUGCAACAAAAUCAGGCAGGUCUUUGCAAGAACCAUUACUUGGAGUAUUUGAGUCGGCUGGUGCGAGGGCGGCAGGUAGACCCGUUGCCGAUCCUCGCGGUGGACGACUUAGAGACGCUCGUGCGGCGCGCUGCGUUACGGCCGCCGCCGCGCCCCUACGGCUCGCUAGAUGGCCUCUACAGACGGGGCCUCAUCGAGAUUGUGAAAGAGAAGAUUCCACUUGACUGAAUAUUUAAAAUACUUCGAGAACUCCGUGUAUUUUUCCCAUUGAUUUAUUGUGUGCCACACAUCAGUUAACAAAAUAUGCCAACAAAUAUCUAUUUUUGUAAAUCGCUAUAAUAUGAGUAAUUAAGUAGCAUUUGUGUAUUCGUUUAAUGCCAAUUAUUCAAAUAUUUAUUUAUUAACAUAAUGUAAAAUGUAUGAUGAAAAAUUAAACAUAUAAAAAUA